AUGAUCCGGACACUGAGCGGAGCCUCUCUGAAGGCUGUCGAAGCAGCGCAGCCCAAACUGCUAAAGGACGUGACCACUAGGCAGCUGCACAGGACGUGUGAUGUGGCUGUAGUUGGAGCCGGCAUCGUGGGCCUGGCCACAGCCAGAGAGCUCAUUCUGCGACACCCGUCGCUCAGCUUCAUCCUGCUGGAGAAAGAAAAAGAGCUUGCUGCACACCAGAGUGGGCACAACAGUGGAGUCAUUCACAGCGGGAUCUACUACACGCCAGGCUCGCUGAAGGCCCGACUGUGUGUGCGAGGAGCCACUUUAGCCUACGAGUACUGCGAGAAGAAAGGGCUCCCUUACAAGAGAUGUGGAAAGCUCAUCGUGGCUGUGGAGCAGGAGGAGAUACCCAGACUGAAAGCUUUGUAUGAGCGCGGCAUGCAGAACAACGUGCGCGACCUUAGUAUUAUCGACGCCAAGGAAAUUCGAGAGCGAGAGCCGUACUGCAGGGGUAUAAUGGCCUUGGAUUCGCCCUACACCGGCAUUGUGGACUGGAGGAUGGUGGCUCUCAGAUACGGCAAAGACUUUGAGGAGGCGGGUGGCAAGGUGGUAACAGAAUCUGAGGUCGAUGACAUCUCCAUGGUCAAGGAGAGCUCAGCUGGGAGUACUGAAGGAAUGAAAUAUCCGAUCGCAGUCAAAGACAAAAAGGGGAACGAGAUACGGUGCCGUUAUGUCCUGACCUGUGGAGGCCUGUACUCGGACCGCCUGUCACAGAUAUCUGGGUGCAGUCGGGAGCCGCGGAUUGUCCCCUUCAGAGGAGAUUAUUUGGUCCUGAAGCCAGAGAAGCACUAUCUGGUCAAAGGAAAUAUCUACCCUGUUCCUGACCCUCGUUUCCCGUUCCUUGGUGUUCACUUCACUCCGCGGAUGGAUGGAAGUGUUUGGCUCGGUCCCAACGCAGUCCUCGCCUUCAAGAGAGAGGGUUACAAAGUGUACGAUUUCAAUGCCCGAGACUUCGCAGACGCACUAUCAUUCAGGGGCCUUCAGAAGCUGGUGAUGAGGAACAUAACGUACGGGAUUGGAGAAAUGUAUCGAGGGGUUUUCAUUGGUGCACAAGUCAAAAUCCUGCAGAAGUACAUCCCUGAACUCUCGCUGAGUGACGUGCUCAGGGGUCCUGCGGGAGUUCGAGCCCAGGCUCUCGACCGAGACGGAAACCUUGUAGACGACUUUGUAUUUGACGGCGGGGUCGGGGAUGUGGGCAGUCGGGUGCUCCAUGUGCGGAACGCUCCCUCGCCAGCAGCCACCUCCUCCCUCGCCAUCGCUGAAAUGGUCGCAGAUGAGGUGGAGAGUCGAUUUACUUUGUAGACAAACACGGCAGAAGGGUGAAGGGAACCAAAGUGAAACUAGAAUGUUGUAUGAAGCUGCCAUGACUUCAGUGUCACCAUCAUUGUGAUGACCUUUUUUUUUUUUUAUCACAGGUCAAGCCUUAAUUUAGGAGGAGAAAGUGAAAUAUCUUUGCCUGGAUUAGAUUUUUAUGACAGUUUUUACUUGAGUGGUGCUGUUUUAGGUUGUAUGUUUAUGCGACAUUUUAAGUAAAAACUUAUUUUUCUACACUACAUCUCUGUCUUACAAAGUGUACGAUGAAUUACUCCUAGUAAAAUUAUUAAGCAUAGAAAAAAAGUUCAGCUUCAAUAAUAUCAGUUUGCAAUAUCAAAAUACUGAAACAAAUGCUGAAAUACUCUUACAUAAGGUUUUCUUUCAGGAACUUAUGAACUUAACUUUUGGGAGAUUAGCCUUUUUUAAAUGAGGGAUUUUUAAAAGUCGUGGGUGUAAUUCUUCUAUGGAUGUUUUAUUUUACUCUUGAAUACAACAUGUGUGUUUUUUCUCUUCAGCUACUGACUCAAGGAGAGAACUUUGUCUUUUUUGUUAUAAUAUUGUAAUGCCUGCUAGUCCCAGUCCAAAAUGCUGCGAAACUAUUUUCAGAGAGAAAUCUCCUAAAUUGAUUAAACAAUCUAAUUUAUGAGUGUCUCUGGUUUUGAGACACGUUUCAGCUCAUUUUGGACUGAAAUGAAACGCACAGUUUUAGAUAAAAAUACGCACAGUUAAUGAAGAAAGAUGGGUUUCUGUAAACUGAUGUAAGACUAAAUAUUCAAAGGUCAUGUUUACACAAAACUGAGAACAUGGUUUUUAUAAGUGAUUUAUGUGUUUGUGGGCAGUGAUUUAAUCCUGCUAGAGUUAUCUCUCUGUUAGAGCUUCAAAGGUUUCACACAUUGCUAGAAAUACUGUUUAUAAAAAAGUGUCACCUUUGCUGAUAAUUCAUGCCAUUGAUUGACAAAUGAAUGUUAAAGAAAAUGGUGCAUAAAUACAUAUUUUGAAUAGCAAAUAAA